AUGAAGUCAGAGCAGGAGGUGGAGGAAUAUUUGAUAGCGAUCAGGCAGCUGUUUCCCCCGAGGCUGCAGCGGGAUGGAGACCUGCAGCCGUCGGUACACGCUUUACACUCCGGUACAAACAGGCGAGGUCAAAAUCAUCACACUGCAGCUAGAGAGGAGCUGAAAGUCUGUACUUUAUGUUCAGGCAGUCCCACUUCGCCUGCCCACCCACUCAUCCCCGACCGUUCCCAACCACUGGAAAUAAAUCUAACCUCAAAACAGGAUCCAACACCGAAACAUCAGCCUCAACCGCACGGCUGUAAAUCUCAGUGCAGUGAAGCCAAACCUCGGCGCUGCGGCUCUCUGCUGCGUCCAGUGGAGAGGACGAGUCUGCUGGUGGGAGGCCGGCGUGUUUAUCUGGUUAAACAAGUGUCCGAACAGCAGCUCUGA